UACAACGUUUCUUUAAGCGGCCAUUUUCUUCAUUUUCAUAAAUCACAUGUUGUCGCACAUAAGGACCAAAGUGCGUUGAAUUAGACAACAGAAAGACGCGUGUCAAUGUAGUUUUGACUAGAAACUAUGAUAACAAAUAUUUUGUCUUGUACACUAAUCUGACAAGGUGUGAUAAUUACGAUAUCAAAUUAAGAAAACAGACUUUAAAUUUUGGGACAGAGAAUCGUAACCAACGACGCCUACCAGCUUCAGCAACAAAAACAAAGUCAAAAGACUAGAAAGGAAUGAUAUUCUCUAGAUGAUUAAUUAUUAAGAACUAAAUCCAGUGAUGUCUAAGCAUGAAUUAAUGUCUUACAAGAUUGUUGUGGUUGGAGAUGGAGGCGUGGGAAAAUCAGCUCUCACCAUCCAGUUCUUUCAGAAGAUGUUUGUAGAGGAUUAUGAUCCUACGAUAGAAGACUCGUACAUCCAACACACAGAAAUCGAUGGCAAGAUGUGUAUAUUAGAUGUUCUGGAUACAGCUGGACAAGAAGAGUUUAGUGCUAUGAGAGAACAAUACAUGCGGAAGGGUGAUGGCUUCCUGUUAGUGUAUUCAGUAACAGACAGACAAAGUUAUGAGAAUGUACCAAGUUUUCAUACACAAAUCCUUCGUGUAAAGGAUCGAGAUGACUAUCCUAUGAUUCUGUGUGCCAACAAAGUAGACUUGGUUAAUCUGAGGAAAGUAUCUGAGGAGGCAGGGAGAGAUAUGGCUUCACAUUUAAGGAUUCCAUACUUAGAAACUAGUGCUAAAGAGAACCUAAAUGUGGAUCUGGCCUUCCAUGAACUGGUUAGAGUUAUAAGGCAACAGCCCCCUGAUUACAAGAAAGAAAGACGACGUCUUGGAAAGAAAAAAAGGAAAUGUACAAUACUGUGAUCAUUAGACUUGUCCCACCUGUUUAUGUACUUACCAUAAUUGUAGGAGAGAAAUUACACAUAAUUACGUCUGUUAAUUCUACCAGAAUAAAAAUCUAGUCAUCAAUUGUAAGAAAUAUAUGUAAAUCAAUGUGUAUAAAUAUGUCAAUAUCAUGUGUAUACAUUUGUUAACAUGGAAAAAUUAGGGGAAGCAACAUGUGCUCACAUGUGAGAAUUUAAAUGAAUUGAUCAAAGUUUAUAUUAUUUCUUAAAUUCAAAACCUAUUUGGCUAUUGACUGUUUUCAAUUUAGAUAGGUUGACAAAAUAUAAAAGAUGAAACAAUUAAAUGAAAUUUAGUUUUAUUUCAUAUUGAAAUUAUUUUUUCUUUAAAACUAUUGAGAUGUUUAAUAUAUGAAAAUUUCUAAACUGAAAGCAAUUAAUGCCAUUUAUACUAAGUAUGUAAUGCUGACCUCAUUACUGUCCUGGUCACAUUCAGUACUUUAUUUACUGCUACUCAACCUUUGUUUACAUGGACUGGUAAAUUUUAUUUUCUCAAGUGACACACAACUAUUUAUUGUACAAAACUGUGUAACAUGGGAGACAACUAGAAUAUAACUAUAAAUUCAUUGAUGUUUCAAUGUGAAUAAAUAUAUACGUUAUGAAUGAUUAUAAAAUAUUGUUAAGUUUCAGUUGUGAGUAUUUUUUAUAAGGCAAUUUUUGUUUUAUGGUUGUAACUUGAUAGUUCACCUUGUUAUUGUUAAGUGUACAGAUUUGGGAACAGAGAAACCACAAAUAUUUACAUUUUAUUAACAAGGAAGAAAAAUGUCCUUUUAAACUCGAAUUUUUAUGUGAGAAAAGAACAAAUGAUUAGAACAAAAAAUACCUGUUAUUUUUAGUGUAAUAAUGAUUUGAUUAAGUUAUAUUUAUAUAUUUUUUUGUUGAUUUGUUUUAUAUUUUAACUUGGUGCAUAACUCCUAGGGCUUGUUUAUGAUACAUGAGUGAAUAUUUUAUUGAUGUUAACCAAUCUUUUUAAUAAUUCUAUGUAAAUUAUAAAUCAUGUUUGUUUGACAAACCUUAAAUCUUUUUAUUCCAUAAUACAUGUAUUUACAAUUAUUGAAUGAUUAGACUUUCAGAAAAUAAAUUAAGACAUUGAAGGCAACACAUAUUGUACGUGCAGAGAGGACAGGUUUUAAUCAUGUGUAAAGUGAAAAGGAUGGAUUUUUUUCCUCCACCAAAACAGUUGGAAAAAAACGCAAAUCAAACCCUGAAUUUUUGUAAUUUAGCUAGUUUAUAACACAUGCCUCAGUUUCAUACAGUUUCCACAGACAAACCAGAUAAAUGUCUUUGAGGGCCCUGUUUGUUCAGUCAUAAUAUGAGAUUGAUUUAUAGGGUUAGAAGUUUGCAUGUGGUCAUUUGUAUUACACAACUUCUGUUUAAGUCAUGUGGGCCUCCACUGGUGUAUAAACAAGUCAUUUUAAUAUUGAUCUCUUGAACAUAUUUUACAAAAUUUAAGUGUAGACUAAUCUAGCAAAUAUAACUUGUACAUAUAUAAUUUUACUAUAGAAUAGUCAUAGUUUAUCAUCUGCUCAAUGUUUAUAAAGUUUUCUACAAAACAAAGAUUGCUAGCCUCCAAACAGUUCAGAUGAAUUUAGUUAAAAAGUAACAGGAAAAGAUUCUUCAUUCUUGGAAAUACUAAUUUAGGUAAAGUUAUAUCUGUGUUAUGGGGGGCUGAGGGUAUAAAUCAUAUUUUUUUUAAAUAAAGGAUUUUGUUAUAAAAAAAAAAUAUAUAUGAACUUGAUCAUAUACUAAAUAGAAAAAUUAAAUGAAAAAUUGGGUUACCGUUCUUUUAAGAUCACAAUCUGUCUUCGUAAGAACCAUGCAUUUUUGUUAAGGUAUUUUUUUCUGUUGCUUAAAUAUUAACAUUGUUUAGAUUAAGUACAGCUUAUUUGAAAAAAAAUAAUAAAAAAAUAUAGGUCACUGAUGAGGCAAAAAAAAUAGCAUUUUUGCACCAAAGGGGGAUAAUUUGAAGCUUUUUCAAUGAUAAAAACAUUUUUAAAGUCAUCCUUUUUUGGUUGAUUUUGGUAAAAUAUCAUAAAGUAACAACUAUAAUGUAAUAAAUAAAUUUGUAAUGAAAAAAAAAGGUUUAAAAUCUUGAUGAAAUUUUUGUACCCUUGUGUCUCCUUAAAUUGAUCUCCAUAAAAAUGCUUCUCCCCUUGUGUUCAAUGCAAGCCCAUUGAUGUAUGUUUGAUGCAAGCCCAUUGAUGUAUGUUUGAAGUCAAAAACCCCAAGUCUUACUCAAAGUCACAAUGAUUUGAUAAAUCAAUGUGAUGGCUUUGUGGGAAUUUUAAUUUUUGUUAUUUACCAUGUAUGAUUUGUAACUUUUCCAAGAUUUAGCUACAAAUAAUAUGUUUGCAACAAAAAAUCCAUGAAACCUUUUGCGACAGAUUUACUUUUUAUACAGUAUAAAUAUUUAACCCACUUUUUACAGUAGAUUUAAAUAAUAAAACCAAACAGUAAAUUUAUAAAUACUGAAAAUCUUGGAACAAACUUUUUAAACAGAUUUAAAUACUGAAAAUAUGAGAAUAAUAUUUCCAGUAGAUUUGAUUACUAAUAACAGGAAAUCAUAUUAUACAGUCUUAAAACUUUUAAAAAAAACACCUUUACAGCAGAUUUAUAAAUACUGAAACCAUUGAAACAAACUUUCACAAUAGAUAAUAAUACUUAACUUGGUUAGAUUUUUAUAUCAAUACCUUAUUUGAACAAUUUUAUUUUUUUCAACAAACCAUAUUCCCUUUUGUGCCAUAUUAUAGAUGAUGUAUAUAUAAUGUUGAAAUUACUGUUGAAUGAAUUACAAGAUACACUGGCUAUGUCUAAUAAUAUGAUUAUAUUUAAAAGUGUUCCUCCACAAAUAUGUAUAUGGCAAGGAGCAUCUAUUGUUUAUGUCUUUUUAAAGUGUAUUUAAAAAUUUGAAGGCACUGCCAUCUGCCAUGCAAUUAAAACAAUUAAACCAAAUUAUUUUAAAGUCAAAAUGUUAAUUAAGCUGUUUAUGGCAGUUUAUGUUUUUGUUAUUUUUGUUUGAGGCGAUAUUACAUUCCAGAAGUUAGGACCUCAUUUUGUUUUAUUUUAACCUCAUACUGUAUGUACAUUCAAUAGUUAUAAAUGAUGUUAGAAUUGACACCAUGUUUUAUUUUAAGAGUUUAUUGACAGGUAUUAUUUGUUAUGUUAAUAUGAUGUCUAUGUCUGAUAUGUGAGGAAAUUCAUUUUUUUCUGUCUUUUGCCAUGAUCUUAAUUCGAUAUAUUUCAUUCAAUAAUCCCCUUGAAAUACUGUUAAAUCAGAGGAAGGGAACUGCAAAAAGAGUUGAUGAUUAAGUUCAUGCAUAACAUUUCAAGGUAAAUUUUCAACGUAUAAAAAGUUGAUAAAUGAGUACAUUUGAAAAUUCAAACUCUUAUACAGUUUCAAAAAAACUAUGAAUUAUGUAAUAAUUAAAAACUGAUUCGAAUGAUCUUUAAUUGUUUUAUAUAAUUAAAAAGCUGACAAUUUUGUAAAUGUUGACUUCUGAAAAAAUGCAGGUUGUAAAAUGUAAAAGGCAUUCAAACAUUAUUAUAACUAUCAGUUUAUUAUUCAAUUUUGCAUUUUCUUUUAUCAGACUAAAAUGUGACAAAAAAUAAGGUUGUAUAUGAACUGCAGCAAAGUAUAGAUAGGUUGUAUUUUUUACUUACACAUAAUGUUAUAUUUACAUGUAUUAACUGAUUUUAUUUACUAAUUUCUAUGUAGGAAAGAAACAAAAUAAUGUGUAUCUUUCAAUUGUUAAAGAGAUAUGAAAAUAUAUGUUGUUCAAAUGUAGCUAAAAAUGAGAUUUUUCACUUUUACAUGUAAAAUGAUCUCAAUUGUUCUAUGUUAGAAUACAAUUUUGUAAAAUUUAGAUAUGACAAAAUAAAACGUCAUAAUUUUUCAUUACAGUACAAAAAGUAAUGAAAUAGUCAAACUUAUUAAAGUCAUGAAUACUGAAA